AUUAAUGUGAAGUAGAUCAUUUCCAUGCUGCAUACUCCGAUACAGCAGGUGGCGGUAUGCACCUGAUAAGUCAUGGUUGCAAUCUGCCAUAAAACGAAAAAGAAGAAGAAGAUUCGUAAGCAAACGGAGGAGAGGAGAGAAUCACCCUUGAAACAUUUCACAACCUCAUCAGAUAUUUAAAGAUACGAUGGAAGUAAAAGAGAAACUGACUGGUGAGAGGCCGCACAAAUGCAUUCAGUGUGGAGAUGAUUUCAUUCGAAAAGGACACCUUAAGUUACAUGAAAGGAUUCACACCGCUGAGAAAACAUUCAGCUGCCAUCAAUGUGAAAAGAGUUUUACAAGUUUAAGUAAACUUAAGGUACAUAUAACAACCCACAAUGAGGAGACGCCUCAGAUUCAUGGGAUUGAGGAGAGUUUUGUAAAUGAAGAAAGAUUUGCAGACCAUGUAAGCGUUCACACUGAAGAGAAACCUUUCAGCUGCCAUCAGUGUGGAAAGAGUUACAAAAUUAAACGAAACCUUAAAUAUCAUAUUAAUACUCACACCGGUGAGAAACCGUACGAAUGCCCUAAAUGUGGACAGGGUUUUUCACACGUAGCAAACCUUGCCGCUCAUAUAAGAGUUCACACGGGAGAGAAGCCGCACAAAUGCUCUGAUUGUGGAAAAAGUUUUACACGCAAAACAAACCUUACGGCUCACGUGAGGAUUCACACCAGAGAGAGACCCUACACCUGUCCUCAGUGUCAAAAGAGUUUUACUAUGAAAGAGCAUCUUAAGAAUCACAUAUUAAUUCACACUGGUCAGAGACCUUUCAUUUGCACUUACUGUGGAAAGAGUUUUGCACGUCACACAACCUUUAAGGAUCAUAAACGGAUUCACACCGGAGAGAGACCUUACACCUGUCCUCAGUGUCAAAAGAGUUUUACUUUGAAAGAGCAUCUUAAGAAUCACAUAUUAAUUCACACUGGUCAGAGACCUUUCAUUUGCACUUACUGUGGAAAGAGUUUUGCACGUCACACAACUUUUAAGCAUCAUGAAAGGAUUCACACCGGAGAGAAACCUCACACCUGCACUCAAUGUGGAAAGAGUUUUAUGGACAAAAGACAACUCAAGAGUCACACAGCACAACAUACUGGCGAGUCGCCUUUUACUUGCCUGCAGUGUGGAAAGGGCUUCUCACGAAAAAUACUUCUGAAAGAACACAUGAGACUUCAUACAGGAGAGAACACUUUCACGUGUACUCGCUGUGGAAAAAGUUUUACAAAUGCAUCAAAACUCAAAAUUCACCAGCAAUCUCAUUCUGAAGAAAAACCAUUCAGCUGUGUUCGGUGUGGGAAGCCUUUCAAAUACAAAUCAACCCUUAAAGCUCAUAUGAGGAUUCACACUGGAGAGAAACCUUACAGCUGUCCUCAGUGUGGAAAGAAAUUCAGUUAUUCAUCAAAUCUGAAAGUUCACCAGCGCACUCAUUAAGAAGAAAUCAUUCAACUGUGAUGAGAGUGGAAAAACAUUUUUGUCAGCAUUGUUUCUAAGAAGACCCCAAGCACUGCAAAACUGCUAGAAAUUUGCCCCCAAAAUUCAAAUUCAUCCUUAUUUAAUCUCAUCUGUACCGUUGUGUGGGUUCCUUUCUUCAACUGAUGACAAUUAGACUUCGUUCAUACUGCAAACAUUAAUGCUCAAUUCCGAUUUUUUGCAAGGCCGUUCACAUUUCCAAUUAAAUGCGACCUUUUGUGAUCUCCUGUGUGAACGUGAAAUGACCCAGAAGUGACCCGCAUGCGCAGAAGAGUACUCAACGGUCAAUGACGUCACUCGUUGUUUGCGAAAGUAGUUAACGUUAAAAAUGUAUGUCAACAACAGUGUUGUGAACAGCGGUGCUCUUUUUGCAAAGUUAUUUUCCCAACGGAGUCAGCACAGUUUCAAUCUUCUUGCUUUAAGAAGAAAAUUAAAAAGAAGGAGGAGAGCAAGGUUUUUGGCCAUGGCGUUUUGUGGAGCAGUGUUAGCAACGUCGGUACAGAGAAACGUGUGGGUGCGGAGUCACAGCCAGGAGUGGUGGGAUACUGAUGUGAGUGGCUUCACUAAUACAGAAUUCAUCAGUAACUUUUGAAUGACCAGAUUCACCUUUGAUUAUGUUUGUGAGCGCCUUCGAUUAACUCUGUCACGGGAAGAGACAUGUCUGCGGCGGCCCAUAACAGUGCAGAAACGUGUUGAAGUUGGAGUGUAUUGGCUAGCAACAGGUGCGUGCUAUCGUACGAUAGCUAACUGUUCGGCAUAGCCAAGUCUACAGUCUGCUCCAUUGUACACGAGUUCUGCGAAGCAGUUCGCCGUGUCCUCAUGCCCCAGUACAUAAAACUGCCCAAAGAGGAUGACCUGCAAGAGGUCAUUGAAGGCUUCAAGCAGAGAUGGGGUUUCCCUCAGUGUUGAGGAGCUAUUGAUGGGAGUCAUAUCCCCAUCAUUGCUCCAGAGGAUAACCACGCAGAGUAUUUCAACCGCAAAGGGUGGCACUCAGUUCUGCUCCAGGGUGUCGUGGAUCAUCGGUUUUGCUUCACCAACAUCUAUGCUGGAUGGCCAGGGAGUGUUCAUGAUGCGAGGGUACUCUGGAAUUCCCAUGUGUACUCACUCGCAGAGAGAGGGGAGCUUUUUCACCAGACACUGAGGAGAUAAUGGGCGUUCAAGUGCCAAUCAUGCUGCUCGGUGACCCGGCUUAUCCCCUUCGAAGCUGGCUGUUAAAAGGAUACUGUGACACAGGGACCCUGACAGCUGAGCAGAAGUACUUCAAUGAGCGCCACAGCAGAGCCAGGAUGACUGUGUAGUGAGCUUUCGGCCGACUGAAGGGCCGGUGGAGGUGCCUUGCUAAACGGUUUCCCUGGUCCCCACCAUAAUCACUGCAUGUUGCACACUCCACAACGUGCAUGAAGAGAAUUAUGAAGAGGCUGGUGGAACUGUUCCUCAUGUUGAGAGAUGGGCUGAAGGAGAUGGAUUUGUAGAUGUGCAGCCAUCAAGAGUCAGAGAAGCACUGACUCAGCUUUUUCUUAGCCAACGUUGAGCCACAAACUGGGCUGUCACAAUAAUUACAAUAUCGUUCAACAUUUUGUACUUUUUGACCUCAAUGUUUAUCUGUACAUAUAUUUGUUAGUUAGUUUCUGUGUCAUUACAAGGUCUUCAAUAUUUUAAUAGCUCAAUAUAUUGACAUUUGUUUUAAAAAUCUUGCAUCAUUUGUUUGAUGAUGUUACUUGACUUAAAAUAAAUUAAAGUUGAACUUCAUGCUUUUAAAAGCCAUUCUAUGAGAUGUAUAAAAAAAUGAAUUAAAUGAAAAUAAAUUUUAUUUAGGCCUACUCUAGAAUUGCAUGGGAUGCUGGAGCUUAUUUCAACGCACAAUUGACACAAAUAAAAUGAAAUAACAUCAGGAAAUGUAUGACUUUAUUUAAACAUUUAAGUCAAAUUAUCCAACAAAUCACAGUUCAAGAAAAUGAU